GUUACUUAAGUAUGAUAUCGCCCUCCGGAUAUCGAACUUACCGGGCUACCUAUCACUAAUCCCGCCCCCCAUGGAUAAGCUGGAGGCACUUAAUUCGAUAUCAAGACUGAGCGACAAUGUCGUUAGGGUCUUAGGGCAGAAUCCCGGAAAGUUCACUCUGCAAGGUACUAACACCUACAUCAUCGGAAAGAGAAACCCGUAUGUUCUCGUCGAUACAGGGGAAGGCCGUGGAGAAUACGUCGCCGUUCUCGAAUCCGCUCUCCGUGAGACGGCUAUAUCUACUAAUUCCGACGAACCUCACAUUUCCGACAUAAUACUCUCCCAUUGGCACCAGGACCACGUCCGUGGGCUGCCUUCUGUCCUUGUCCUUCUGAAGCGCUUAUGGGAUGAAAGAAAACAUACGGAACCAUUCAAGCCCCCUCGUCUACAUAAAUUUCCCAUUUCCGCCGGCAUAGUCUCUCCUAAAUAUCAAGUUCUCUCUUCAGUCAUUGACCAUUUGCCGGCCGGUUCUUUUACUCCUACUGCUGAUGGCAGACCCUUGCAUGACCUUAUCGACUCUCAACAAUUCUUGGAUUUUCGUGUUCUGCAUACCCCAGGGCACACCGACGACUCUAUCUGUUUGUAUAUUCCUGAUGAUGAAGCCCUUUAUACCGCAGAUAGUGUUUUGGGCCAAGGCACAGCGGUUUUCGAGGAUCUUUCUCAUUACAUAUCUAGCUUGCAGAAGAUGUUGGAAUUUGGCGAGGGCACCCAAACUCCAUAUUCAUAUCGACGUUUGUACCCUGGGCACGGACCGGUAGUCGAAGAAGGAAAGCAACUGAUAUCAACCUAUAUUCGACAUCGUGUAGAGCGGGAGGAGCAAAUUGUUGCAUUACUUCGUACUCCCAAUCAGCCAUCCUGGACUACAUGGUCGCUCGUUUCGAAGAUUUAUUCGGCAUAUCCUGAAUCUCUCUGGCUCCCUGCAGCUCAUAGCGUUGAUCUGCAUCUGAAGAAGUUGGAGAAGGAUGGGGUUGUGAACAGACUGGACGGAGCAGACGAACAUACGAGUUGGGGAUUGGCUUUGAAGCUCUAGUAAAGACUGCGGCCGUGUGUUAAGAUGUAGAGAAGACUAUCUUUAAUAAAUAAAACAAGUAUGCCAUCGUA